AUGGCCGACUCUCCUGCCACUGCGACUGCUAACACAGCCAACACGCCCACAACCCCCCGCGGCGGACAGCCAGGUCGUGGCCGCUCAAACAGAAACCGAAGCGGCUCCCAGAAUUCUCCCGAAAGCAACAGACAGGACACUGGAGCUAAAGCAUCCCGUGGUCAAAGAGGCGGCAGAGGACGAGGGCGGGGGCGGGGUCAACCGAGAGACCCUGCUGCCUCUGCAAGAACAAUUCCCGUUCAAGCAUCUACCGACGGUAGCUCUGGAAGGACACCUGGAGGCGGCUUCGGUGCUCGCCUGACCGAAGCUGCCUCAAAACCUGAAGGCGAAUCAAAAGCCCCUCAAUUGCAAGGAGAAGGACAAGGAGCUGACGCAGCUGCCGAGGAAGUGGAAAUCUGCUUCAUCUGUGCCAGUCCUAUUGAGCAUGUCUCAAUUGCUCCUUGCAACCACCAAACCUGUCAUAUCUGUUCGCUAAGAUUGAGGGCUUUGUACAAGACUCGCGCUUGUGCACAUUGCAGAACAGAGUCUCCGUUUGUAAUAUUUACCGACAAUGCUGAGAAACGAUUCCAAGAUUUCAACGACUCCGAAUUUGUCAAAAUUGACGAGAACUUGGGAAUCAAAUAUGAGAAGGACAUCAUCCUUGAAGACACGAUUCUCCUUUUGAGGUACAAUUGUCCCGACAGAGACUGUGACGUUGCUUGUCUUGGAUGGCCUGACUUGCAUCGCCACGUGAAAUCCAAACAUGGCAAGGUCAUGUGUGAUCUUUGCACCAGGAAUAAGAAGGUCUUCACCCAUGAACACGAAUUAUUCACCUUCGGCGAGUUACGGAGACACGAGAAACAUGGUGACGAUGACCCGGGUGCAAUUGAUCAAUCAGGCUUCAAAGGUCACCCCGAAUGCGAAUUUUGCAAGCAAAGAUUUUAUGGCGACGACGAACUCUAUAAUCACUGUCGGGAGAAGCAUGAGAGAUGUCAUAUCUGUGACAGGAGGAAUGGUGGACGUAAUCCGCAAUAUUACCUCAAUUAUCAAGAACUCGAAAAGCACUUCGCUCAGGCCCAUUUCGUCUGCUUGGACGCCGAAUGUCAAGCAAACAAGACGAACGUCUUCGAAUCCGAGAUGGAUCUGAAAGCACAUCAACUUUCAGAACACCCCAAUGGGCUAUCGAAAGAUGCUAGGAGAGAUGCAAGGCUGGUCAAUCUAUCGGGCUUUGACUUGAGGACACCCUACCAGCCAGAACCUCGUGGUGGGAGACGAGAUCGGGGGACUGGGAGGGGACGUGAUCCUAAUGCUGAACCUUUGCCCAUGUCAACUGCUCAAAAUCUCAGUCGGGCUGAGCUCGCUUACCAAAGACAAAUGGCCAUUCAAAGCGCCCAAUCCGUAUCUAGCAGGAACUUUGGGGGUCAGCUCACACAAUCUAAUCCCGCUCCACGGCCACAACCAGCGCCUUCUCAGCAAUCGCAACAACUACCACCAGUCGAGAACGUCUCACUUGAGGCAGCAGCCAUAGCCCCUGCAAAUUUAACACCACAAGAACAAGCGCGAGCUGUUCGGCACCAAGCUGUCACCUCACGAGCAACGUCUUUACUAAACAAUGACAAGACCAAGCUCUCUCAGUUUCGAACUCACGUCUCUGCGUACCGAAGUGGGACAAUCUCGGCCAACGACUUGAUCGAUGGGGUAUUCUCUCUCUUUGAUAGCCCAAGCACCGAAUUAGGCAAGCUCGUCCGUGAGCUAGCUGACCUGUAUGAGGACGAGACGAAACGGCAAUCUCUUCUUGGAGCCUGGAACAGUUGGCGCAGUAUCAAUGAAGAUUAUCCUAGCCUCCCUGGCCCAAGUGGCACGUUGCCCGGAGUCACUGGUGGUGGUGCAAGCGGGUCAGGUGGUCGCCGAGUACUGACAUUGAAGAAAAGCACAGCUCAAUCAUCACGGUCUGCAGUGUCUCGACAGGGCUCGUGGGGCAAUGCUCUCGCAAGCGGUACAAGUCGCGAUCCAUUCCCUGCUCUGGGCGCUGCCAAUGGUGGUUCACGGAAGGGACCAGCAGCAGCUCCUUGGAGCAUGACAUCAGCACCAACUGUAACAUCCACCAGUAUCAGUUCUUCCAGGCCUAGCACAACAGCACCGACUUCUAAUCGUAUUGCUGCGCGCCAGCCACCGCUGAGACAAUCCGCAGACAACUUUCCCUCUCUUCCCGCUGCAGCUAAGCCAAAUACAAUGAUGGCAGGAUUCAAUACACGUGGUUCAGUCCGUUGGUUGGGCUCAAGCAGAAAUUCCCCUUCCGGAUCAGGGACCAGCACACCCGCACAAACGCCCUGGGGCAAUGGCGGUUUGACACCGACACCAGCUCAAGCAGCCGCAGCGGUAGCGAGUGUUGUUGGGGGUGGAAGUGCUGUGACUAUGGACCAAGGAGGUGAAAGCGGAGUUCUGAAGAAGAAAGGAAAGAAGGCGAAGAAGGGCGAAACGCUAUUUCACUUUGGAUGA